AUGGGUUUCUUGUUUGGAGAAUUAGUGAAGGCAAAGAGAGAGAUCAAGCAGGCCUAUGGCAAUGUGGAGUCUCGCUUCAAAUAUGUCAUGGAUAUUAUUGAGAAGAAGAUGAAAGGCCGGCUUGAUUCUCCAUUGCAUGUGAGUGCAUACUUGCUGAAUCCAUAUUACAGUUAUUCUGACAAUUCAAUCUUUGAUGAUGGGACAAUAACAGAAGGGUUUAUCACUUCUGUUGAGACCUUCUAUCAUGAUGAUGAGGACAAACAAGAUCAUGCUAUACAUACCAAGAGAAGAAAUAGGCUCACUACAAGUCGCCUCAACUCUCUUGUUUUCAUCCAGUUCAAUUCAAAACUCAUGACCAAGAGACAAAAGAUCAAGUCCAAGAAGAUCACUGAUGUCCUCCUAUGCAGUGAACUAACUGAAGUUCAAGGUUUUCUAUUUGAGGGUGGAGAUGAUUGUGCAACUGGUGUCUAUACGGAUGAGGAUGAGGAAGAGAUGCCACGUACAGGGAUGUCUGGGUUUAAUAUUGAACAAGGGAUGGGAGCAGGUGAACUACAUCGGCAACGUCGAACCAGAAGAAUAAGAGAGCUUUAUGAAGGAGAGGAAUUCGAGUCAGAAACAAAAGAAUUUGAUCAAGAGGAUGACAUGGAUGAAGAUAAAUAUUGA